AUGGAGGAUAUCAGCUGGAUCAUAGUCGCCAUCAUCACCUCCCUUGUAUCUUCCCUAGCUCUCCUGGUCUGCAAAAACCACCUCUUCCCAUCUCACAACAAGCUCCCACCAGGACCCUUCUCCAUCCCAAUUAUCGGCACCUUGCUCUGGAUGCUGAGGAGCAAAGGAUUCUCCGACCUCGAACCAGCACUCAAGAAGCUCCGCGCCAAGUACCACUCCAUCGUCACAAUCCGCAUCUUCUCACGUCCGGCCAUCUUCAUCUUCUCCCACUCCCUAGCCCAUCAAGCCCUCAUCCAGGAUGGCGCGGUUUUCGCCGACAGACCACCUGCUCCACCUCUCACCAUAAUCACCUCUUCCAACCAGCACAACAUCAGCGCUGCCUCCUACGGCCUCACAUGGCGCCUUCUCCACCGCAACAUCACUGCUCAAGUCCACCACCCUUCCCGCGUCAGGUCCUUCUCCCGCGCCCGCUCAUGGGUCCUCCACAUCCUCCUCCGCCGCCUCCGGGACCACCAGAGCAGCCUGAGACUGAAGGAUCAUCUCCACCGGCCUGCUGGUGCUCAUGAGCUUCGGUGA